GGACCUAACCGGAAAACGGGGGGGGCAGAGCUGCAGCCAGAAUAGUAAAGAUGGCAGCCGUGGCAGUGGCUGAGUUUCAGAGAGCACAGUCUCUGCUCGGAACGGACCGGAAUGCCUCUAUUGACAUCUUGCAUUCUAUCGUAAAGCGCGACGUGCAGGAGAGCGAUGAGGAGGCGGUGCGUGUGAAGGAGCAGAGCAUCCUGGAGCUCGGCGCGCUGCUCGCCAAGACCGGACAGGCUGCAGAGCUCGGGGGUCUUCUGAAGUAUGUGCGGCCCUUCCUCAACUCCAUCUCCAAGGCCAAGGCUGCGCGGCUGGUGCGCAGCCUGCUGGACCUCUUCCUGGACAUGGAGGCGGCCACCGGCCAGGAGGUGGAGCUCUGUCUCGAGUGCAUCGAGUGGGCCAAGACGGAGAAGAGGAAGUUCCUGAGGCAGGCCUUGGAGACUCGACUCAUCUCCCUGUAUUUCGACACAAAGCGUUACCCGGAGGCUCUGCAGCUAGGCACCCAGUUGCUCCAGGAGCUGAAGAAGAUGGACGACAAGGCGCUGCUGGUGGAGGUGCAGCUGCUGGAGAGCAAGACCUACCACGCCCUGAGCAACCUGCCCAAGGCCCGCGCCGCCCUCACCUCCGCACGCACCACGGCCAACGGCAUCUACUGCCAGCCCAAGCUGCAGGCCGCGCUCGACAUGCAGUCUGGGAUCAUCCAUGCGGCGGAGGAGAAGGACUGGAAGACGGCCUACUCCUACUUCUACGAGGCCUUCGAGGGCUACGACUCCAUCGACAGCUCCCGGGCCAUCACGUCGCUCAAGUACAUGCUGCUGUGCAAGAUCAUGCUCAACCUGCCAGACGAGGUUCACUCUCUGAUUGGAGGAAAACUGGCACUCCGGCAUGCUGGCAGACAGACAGAGUCACUCAAAUGUGUCGCACAGGCCAGCAAGAACAGAUCCCUGGCAGACUUUGAAAAGGCGCUGACAGAGUACAAGCGGGAGCUGAGGGACGACCCCAUCAUCAGCACCCACCUGGACACCCUGUACGACACCCUGCUUGAGCAGAACCUCAUCAGGGUCAUCGAGCCCUUCUCGAGGGUCCAGAUAGCACACAUUUCCACAUUAAUCAAACUCGGCAAGGGAGACGUAGAGAGGAAGCUGUCACAGAUGAUCUUGGAUGAGAAGUUCCACGGGAUCCUGGACCAGGGCGCGGGGGUGUUGAUCAUCUUCAGCGAGCCGCUGGUGGACAAGACGUACGAGGCGGCGCUGGAGACCGUGCAGAACAUGAGCAAAGUGGUGGACUCCCUGUACAACAAGGCCAAGACGCUGACAUAGGGAGGGGGAGGGCCCGCCCACUGUCUCCGGGGUCCAGAGGGACGGCGGCCGGUCGGAGCCAGCCGCCGCGACCUCGCAACCAACCCUGGGCCAGCAACGAGCGGAGGAUGCAAAACUAAACACGGCCAAUCAGACUCUGUAACCAACCCAGCGGCCAGUGAAAUCAGAUGUGUGUGUGUGUGUGGGGGGGGGGGGGGGGGGGCUCAUCGACCAAAAGGAAACAACCAAUGUGAUCACCCCCCACCCCCACCCCCUCAAAACUUGUUUCCAUCCUCCCCUCUUCUUCACGUCUGACUGGUUAGCGCUGCUGCACAGGGCUCCCCCCAUGGACCAAUCCUGGCACUGCGCUCAUCUCUCUACCGACCACAGGUUGCCAAUCCACACUGUGGUAGCCUCUCCUUCCCCCUUACCUUUCUCCCUCUCUCUCUUUCUGUCUCUCGCACUCUCUCUCUCUCUGUCUCUCUCUCUCUCAUGCUCUCUCGCUCUCUCUCGCUCUCUCUCUCUCUGUCUCUCUCUCUCUCAUGCGCUCUCACUCUCUCUCGCUCUCUCUCUCUCCCCCCCGUCUCUCUCUCUCUGUCUCUCUCUCUGUCUCUCACUCUCGCACUCGCUCUCUAUCUCACUCGCUCUCUAUCUCUAUCUGCGCUGGUGAUCAGGGAAUCAUGUAAGAAAAAGUUACCAAUAAAACCCCCCCCCCACCCCCCCCCCCCACCAUAUUUAGUGCAAAUACAUUUUAUGAAAAGAAGUCUACACCAAGAUGUGUGAGCGAAACAAGUGUGCACUGGGAUGGAGGCCGUAACCGCGGCGACCGACUCCAGCUUCCCCCUUCAGUUCCAUUCCAUUCGCCAAGCCUCCUCUGUGAAGACUUCGACCUCGUAACGUUUAUAGUUCUAGUUUUUUUUUUUUCCACCUCCUGGUUUAGCCACAGAGGCACCCCCUCUCUCUCUCUCUCUCUCCCUCGCUCUCUCAUUCUCGUUCUCUCGCUCUUUACCACCAAUAAAGAAAAACAACUGUUUGGGAGAAGAGCAAAAAAAAAAAUGUCUUUCACUCCUCCUGUCUUCUCUUCGCCAUGCACAAUAUACACAUGCGUUGAACUUUAACCCCUUCUGCCCUUUUUUUUUGUUU